UCCAGAACAUAACCAGGAUAGUCAAAAUCCUAAGGAGUGGGUCGCCUAGUGGCAGAGCCAUGCGUAGCUGCGUACGGAGCUCUAGGGCUCUGUCCCCUGCAGUGCUCCCUCGGCUCCUAUCCGAUACCGGGUGCUGGGGGCCGAGAUCAGACCGCCGCGGUCUUUGGAACUCACCCCGGUCUUUUACGACAGCUACAGAAACACAGCCUACUCCUCUGCCUGGCCAGGCCCGUGUGGUCAUCUGUGGAGGAGGCAUAGUGGGAACGUCUGUCGCCUAUCACCUGGCAAAGUUGGGAUGGACAGAGAUAGUGCUCUUGGAGCAAGGCAGGCUUGGAGCAGGCACAACUCGACUGUGUGCCGGCAUUGUUAGCGUGGCCAAGUCUAUCUCUAUCGAAAGCAAAAUGGCACACUACUCUAAUGCACUGUAUGAACGUUUAGAGGAGGAGACUGGAGUCAAAACAGGGUUUGUGAAGACUGGUUCUUUGUGCCUGGCUCAAAAUCAGGAUCGUUUCCUCUCUUUAAAGCGCCUGGCAUCCAGGCUUAAGGUCAUCGGCAUCAACUGUAAUGUCAUCAAACCCAAAGAGGUGACCAAACUCCACCCUUUAGUGAAUAUUCAUGAUCUUGUUGGGGCUCUCCACCUUCCAGGGGAUGGGGUGGUUUCUCCGCCAGACGUCAAUCAUGCUCUUGCUGUUGCAGCAGCAAAUCACGGAGUUCAGAUCCAUGAGCGCACUAGUGUGAACCAUGUUCUGGUGGAGAAGGGUCAUGUGACUGCCGUGGAAACAGACAGAGGGCCCAUUGAGUGUGAAUUCUUUGUUAAUUGUGCAGGACAGUGGGCAUAUGAGCUUGGCCAGGCUAGUGAAGUGAAAGUGUCUGUGCCACUUCAUGGCUGUGAGCAUUUCUACCUCCUUACCAAGCCACUCCAGGAACCUCUACAACCCAACACUCCAGUGGUAAUGGACAUGGAUGGGAGAAUCUAUGUGCGAGCCUGGCAGGGAGGUAUCCUGUCAGGAGGAUUUGAGAAGAACCCUAAACCCAUUUUCACAGAGGGCCGAAACCAGCUGGAUUUCCAAAACAUGCAAGAAGACUGGGAUCAUUUUGAGCCCAUGUUAAGUGCUCUCCUGAGGCGUAUGCCUAGCCUAGACUCCUGUGAGAUCCACCAGCUGGUGAAUUGCCCGGAAUCCUUCACUCCAGACAUGCGCUGUCUGAUGGGAGAGACACCAGGCGUGCACGGUUAUUUUGUCUUGGCUGGCAUGAACUCCUCUGGUCUAUCCUUUGCAGGUGGCGCUGGCAAGUAUUUGGCUGAAUGGAUGACGUAUGGUUACCCCAGUGACAAUGUCUGGCCGCUGGAUAUUAAACGCUUUGGCAAUCUACAGAGUAGCCGCACCUUCUUGCGCCAUCGAGUUAUGGAGGUCAUGCCGUUGCUGUAUGAGCUCAAAGUGCCCCGUUGGGACUUCCAGACAGGCAGGCAGCUGCGUACUAGUCCCUUGUACGACCGGUUGGACACGCAGGGUGCUCGCUGGAUGGAGAAGCAUGGAUUUGAGAGAGCCAAGUACUUUGUUCCUCCUGGAAAGGAUCUGUUGGCUCUUGAUCAGAGUAAGACCUUCUAUAAGCCUGACUGGUUUGACAUCGUGGGUGCUGAAGUCAAAUGCUGUAAAGAGGCUGUGUGUGUCAUUGACAUGUCCUCCUUCACCAAGUUUGAACUUACAUCAUCUGGGGACCAAGCCCUAGAGCUCCUACAGCACCUGUGCGCCAAUGACCUUGAUGUGCCAGUUGGGCACAUUGUUCACACGGGUAUGCUCAAUGAGCGAGGUGGCUAUGAAAAUGACUGUAGUGUGGUGCGACUCAGCAAAAACAGUUUUUUCAUCAUCUCACCCACGGAUCAGCAGGUUCAUUGCUGGUCCUGGAUCAAGAAGCACAUGCCAAAUGAUCCACACCUCCACCUAGAGGACGUCAGCUGGAAGUACACUGCUCUGAAUCUGAUUGGCCCACGUGCAAUGGAUGUGCUGUCUGAGCUCUCAUAUGUCUCCAUGACUCCAGAGCACUUUCCCUCACUCUUCUGCAAGGAAAUGAGUGUGGGUUAUGCCAAUGGGAUUAGAGUAAUGAGUAUGACACACACUGGAGAGCCAGGCUUCAUGCUCUACAUCCCCAUUGAGUAUGCACUGCAUGUGUAUAAUGAGGUGAUGUCAGUGGGGCAGAAAUAUGGGAUCCGGAACGCAGGUUACUAUGCCCUGCGUAGUCUACGCAUUGAGAAGUUUUUCGCCUUCUGGGGACAGGAUCUGGAUUCUUUCACUACGCCUUUAGAGUGUGGCCGGGAGUUCAGAGUCAAAUUCGACAAGGACACUGAUUUCCUGGGUCGGGACGCUCUGCUGCGGCAGCGUCAGGAGGGAGUCACACGCCGUUUCAUCAUGUUGGUUCUGGAGGAUCACGACACAGAGCUGGACCUGUGGCCCUGGUGGGGCGAGCCUAUUUACCGUAACGGUGAGCUGGCAGGAGUGACCACUAGCAGUGCCUACAGCUACACCCUGGAGCGGCACGUAUGCCUGGGUUUCGUCAGCCCACCAAGCCUGGAUGGCACGCCAGCAGUAGUCACCCCCGACUUCAUCAACAGAGGGGACUAUGAAGUGGACAUUGCCGGUCAGAGGUUCCCAGCCAAAGCCAAACUCUACCCCUUCAGCUCCCUCUUCACCCAACAGAGACGCCGCAAGGACGACAUGGAGCUCAGCAACUUCCAAGCCAAGUGAGGAGGAAAGGGCUCGUGGAGGUACUGGGUUGGCAGCAUGAAUGCCUUCCUUCAGUUCUUACCUCAUCUCCUUGCAGUGCCAAGCUGUCUUGUCAUUUUAUCAUACACAGGCAGGGCUGGCCAUUGGCUGCAUAUGCACAAUCAGUCCCUCUAAGCCUUUUAUAACCAAAGUGCACUACCACUUACAUACCAAAUGUUCUGCCAACAGCCAGUCUGGUCUAGAACUCAAAUGACGCGUCUUUUACAGUUAGGAAAACGGUUAGUGUGGUUUCUUAUUACCUCUGUCACUUGUACCGCAACCAGCACUAAACUUGUUGUGCAGAAGAACAGGCUUAGUCCAGGAUGAGGAUUCUCCCUCUGGUCUUCAGCUGGCCGAAAGUCAACCAGCCAAUGAUCUAAGUUCCAUAUACUACAGGUCAGUCAGUCAGGGAGAUUAUUUGUGUGGAGUGUGUGACAUAGUUGGAGGGUGUCAUCUUGUUUUUGUGAGAACUGGUUAUCUAACCAUUGCCAUAUGAUCUCUUUUAGCCUG